AUGGACUCCAAGGACACGCAGAAGUUGCUUAAGGAGCACCGAAUCCCCUCCAUUGACGUUGGCUGGCUGGUAAGACCCAGUGCCUCCGCCGCCAGCAGCUCCGAGGCUGGGAUGUGCAACUCCAAGGCCGACAGUGUGGCCCCCGACGUUCAGCUGGACACUGCUCGCCCACCGGUCUUCGAAACGUCUGUUGACUCAUCCAGCAGCAUUCUUUCUUCGAACAAUAAAACACGUCGUCACUCCGUGGCAGCGAGCUCCCUGAUAAACAACCAACGCAUCAACAUUGCCGCUGCCGCAGCUUCCACGAGCUUCGCCCCCACCAGGGAGAGGUCGAAGUCCGUGGUGGAGGCUAACAUAUCUACCGCUGAGGCUGACGCCGGGCGUCAGCUUCAGCACCACCACCAUCAUCAUUAUGCGCAAGAUGCUCCUGCCCCCAAGAGGGUAGGUUUCUUCAAGAGUCUGUUUGGCCACAGGAAAAAAGAUCAAGAACAAGAAGAGAAGGAGAGAGAAAGGAAAGAGCGCUCGCGCUCGCCCUCUCCGACCCACGUAAAUCCUAGCGCUGCUGUAAGAAGAGAACGAACAGCGACUAUUUCUGCCGAAUCGCCUCCCCCUUUGCAGUACAAUGCUCCGCCCACUUCCGAUGACACCGUUGUGCCGCUAACAAGGUCCAAGACGGAAUCGGAAGUAUAUUACGAAAACCAUCCGCAAAACUACAACAAUGGCCGUAUCCACGCUUACCAUACACCGGAAGAAGGCCAGCCUGGCGAGUCUUCUGCCGCGGACGAUCACAACUACGGCCGUUGCCACCCUGACCCGAGAUUGAUGGAUUUCUUGCGCUACUACAAAUCUAAGGACUACAAAUUAGCCGCCUUCAAGGAGGGGAACUUCAUCAAAUCCUCAGCUCCCCCUCCAAACAAGAGAAAUGCACGUGCUUCGUUCUUACUACACAACGACAGACAGCUACCUUCCAAGCCACGCGCUCACCAGAAAUUUGACGUUAAGGGAAGGCCCAUCCCGCCUCAUCCUGACAAACCGAAAUUCCCUCCUGCUUUCAGGAUGAAGCAACCCACCACUGCCUCAAUCGACACGGUGGAUUCCAACUCUGACGUUUCGUCUUCAGUGCAGAAUCUCAACCCGGCACCUUCUUCCCAUAAGUUCGGCGCCUUCCUGAGGAAAGUUACCUCCUACGGGAACAAUAACAACAAUUCCUCUUCUCUGUCCGCCAACAGCAAUAACCCGGAUGCGUCAUCCACGUCUCUAUGGUCCUCCAGCUCCAUGGAGUUCGACCCUUCAAAGAUAACCACCGUUCCUGGGCUCGAGUACGUAAAGCCUUUGAAGCAUGUCUGCUUUGCUACAAACACCUAUUUCAACGACCCUCCACAACAAAUAUGCAGCAAAAACCCGCGGAAGGGUGAAGUGGAAGUGAAGCCCAAUGGGUCCGUUGUUAUACACAGAUUGACCCCACAAGAAAGGAGGAAAAUCAUGGAAUCGACCAGUCUGGGCGUUGUCGUUGGGGGUACUGGCCAAUUGAAACUGCUAAAUCCGGAAGAGGACGACGCCAACGCCAAGAGCAAAGAGGAAAUGGCUCCUCAGAAGCAAAACUCAGAAGUACCACAAGACGACGAAGACAACAACACCCAAAGAAGAAAUAUAGUUAUGGCCGCCGCGGAAGCUGCCGCGGAGGCCAGAGCCAAAGAGGCCCCCAACGAAUUGAGACGUAUCGUCACCAACAAUGAAGAAGAAGUUACUGUUAGUAAGAGCGCCAGCCACCUGACCAUUGACAAACCGAUGAUUUCAAGAAGGGGCGCUUCCACCUCCUCUUUGGCUUCUAUGGUCUCUAGCGGUACUAAUGGUACAGACGCGGACGACAGUGGGGAGAUUAUGCCCCCACCUUCUUUGAAGAUUCCUCACGACAUCGUUUAUACCCGUUGUUGCCAUCUACGAGAAAUCCUACCCAUACCGGCCACUUUGAAACAACUGAAGAAGAACUCCACGGACCCUAUCCCCAUCUUACAAUUACGCAACCCUAGGCCUUCCAUGGUAGAAAUUUGGUCAUUCAGUGAUUUCUUGAGUAUUGCUCCCGUUCUAUGUCUUUCAUUAGACGGUGUGCAACUAACCGUUCAAAUGCUCAGAAUUAUUCUAGGUUCAUUGGUUUACAAACGAAAUUUUCAGAAACUGUCCCUAAGAAACACCCUCCUAGAUGAAGAGGGUUGGAAAGUGUUAUGCUAUUUUGUUUCCAAGGCCAAGUCCUUACACUCCAUCGAUUUGACUAUGGUCCCCUCCAUCAAGACAAAUGUACAGAAGCCUUCAAAAUCUUCUCUGAAGUCAAAAAUCCAAAGAAUGCAAUGCAAUAUAGAAAAUAGAUCCGACAUGAACUGGGAUCUCUUGACUGCUUCUAUCGCACUCGAGGGCGGUUUGGAGGAAAUUGUCAUUUCUGGGGCACAGAUGAAUGCUGCGCAAUUCAAAAACUUCAUUCUUGUCGCGUGCAUUGCUACUGAAAGGUUGGGUCUGGCCUAUAAUAAGUUGACCAAGAGCCAAUGCGAUGAUUUGGCCAGGUGGAUGGUCCAGUCCAAAGUGACAGGUUUAGACGUUGGGUUCAACGAUUUGAAUGGGAAACUCUCUUCAUUUACUGAUGCUGUUCUAGGUAAAAUUCAAAAAGCCAACGAGAAAAACGUUUUCAAAUUUUUAUCCCUAAAUGGAACAAACUUGAAAGUGAACAAGCAUGAUACUUUUGAGAAUAAUGAAGUUUUAAAGUUGAUCAGUGUCUUGUGCUACUCAGAGAACUUAAAGUUCCUGGAUAUCUCAAACAAUCCUGCUAUCUUCCCGCAUUGCGUCCCAACUUUAAUCGAUUUUCUACCUGUUUUUGUUAACUUGGUCCGUUUACAUAUCGAUUACAACAAUUUGAGCUCAACCAGUAUAGUUAUGCUUGCUGAAGUGUUGCCCAUGUGCUCCAGACUAAAUUACUUUUCCAUGUUAGGAAGCGAGUUGGACCUGGCGUCUUCUAAAGCUCUAGCAGAGGCUGUUCGAAAAAGUUCCUCUUUAAUGACCCUGGACGUAGAUUAUGUUUACAUGCCAGAAAACAUCAAGGAAAAAAUUUCACUAUAUGCCUUGAGGAACAUUGAAGGUGAACUGAAAAGAGUCCAUAACGACGAUAAGGAUAUAAAAGAUACCCAAUUUUCAAGUUUGCAAGAUCAAUUAUCACUUUUAUUAACUGAAAAGGCAGAUAAUUCCGAGCAUUACAACAAAAUGGUCGAGAAUUUCAUGGCCAAAAUUGCAUUGGCUCGUAUCAAGAUAAGCAAAGUGGUUCAUGAUCUUUUUGAUUUGAAACUGAAUGAACAGUUGAACUUGGAAGGUAAGGAAGCCUUGAUCAGGUUGUGUUUCAUCGAGGCAAGCUUGGAAAGAGGCUGUGACCUGUUGAAGCAAAGACAUCAUAACGCAUUGAAAACGCCAGAUUUUGUUUCAGAAGACACAAAAUCAGAAAAUCAAGCAAAGUCCAAUCCCGAAAGUUGUCAAAGAAUGUUAUUAAGCUCAUCUAUCCUACAAAAUUCAGACCACAUUGCGCUAAUGCCGUUCGGUAGUGCUAUAGUCGAAAAAUCGAGUCCAGAUGCAGAAGACGCCGUCGAAUUUAGAGAGGUUGAUUCAAAUGUCAACCAUGAGGACGUACCAGCAAACGACCAACAAUCUCGAGAUCAAGUUGACAUCAAAAAAAAGUACUCCAUAAUCAAAAGGGAACUAGAGCACGAAAAGCUUGUUGGUGGCGGUGAUUUACCAGUGGACAAAGAAAUUUUAAAUCGCGCUGCUCAAUCCUUAGAUAGUGAUCAAAUAAAAGAAUUUUUAUUGAAAAAUGAUGUUUCCACCAUUUUGGGUGUUAUUGAUGAGCUGCAUAGCCAAGGAUACCAUUUGCAUCAUAUUUUCAGAAAACAAGAAAACCAAGAAGAUAUCGCCCCUCAAGCAAGGGAUGCACAACCGUCGCAAGCCGAUGAGUUUAAUACUAAUGCAUCUUCUACGACUGAUCAAACAUCGACAGAGUCUAUUUCUGCUAAGUCAACCAAUAAUGCCCAUAUUCCUCCGACUGAUGCGCCUGGGUUUGAUAAAUUUAUGAACAACGCAGAGGAUAAUGCCAUCGACGCUGCUUAUGAUGAUGUGCUAGACAAAAUCCAGGAUGCACGGAACAGUAGUGCUAAGCAAUAA